AUGAGCCAGCAACAUCCAACUAGGCCGCAAGAGCCUAUCAAAUACGGUGACAUUUUCUCCGCCGUCGAGGGUGAGCUUGCGGAGAAGCCGGUGGCGCCGAGAGAUGCUGCGAUGAUGCAGAAGGCGGAAAAUGCCAUGCUGGGGAAGAUCCAAAAGGGCGCCGCCGCGUCCGCUAUGCAAUCAGCGGCGAACAAAAAUGUGAGAAAUGGGUUUGUGGGUGUGGAUGAUGUGACUAAUGAGGCUAAUGAUCUUGGUGUCAGCAUCACCGAGACUGAUACUCCGGGGAAAAAAAUAAUUAAAGAAGAAGUCGGCGGACAGGUGGUUGGGCAGUACAGCCAACCAGCUCCGUUGGCACCACCGUCUGCAUAUGAGCAAGGGGCAGGACGUGGGAUCACGAUUGGUGAAGCACUUGAAGCAACCGCACUCACAGUAGGAAAGAAGCCGGUGGAAUGGAGCGAUGCGGCGGCCAUUCAAGCGGCUGAAGUGAGGGCCACAGGCAGCAUCAACAUAAUCCCCGGUGGUAUUGCAGCUGCCGCACAGUCAGCCGCAACACUCAAUGCAAGGACAGCCCGAGAUGAGGACAAGACCAAACUUGCUGACAUUUUAGCAGAUGCAACUACAAAGUUAGCAUCGGAUAAGCAAGCAACUCGAAGAGAUGCAGAGGGGAUCUCGGCGGCCGAGAUGCGGAACGAUCCGAUGCUCACCACUCACCCGGCAGGCGUAUCAGCUUCUGUGGCUGCUGCCGCUAGACUCAACCAGAAUAAUACAUCCUAG